GUGCAAUCAUCUGUACUGAGGGGGCGGAUAUUGGAAGAGACGUCUGACCCACAUUUGCAUAAUUUUGAAUAAUGUUUUGGGCCACAAAACAAACACUAGCACUAUAUAAGGGUGGCGCGGUGGCUAUGGAAGACAGUACACCAGCUACAACCAACACUUGAGAUGGACAAACGUGUGAUAUUCUUGUUCUUCUUGCUCAAUGUCGUCUCUGUUUGGUCUUCGCCCCGCAUGGUCCACCUAAUGAACAAGCGUGAAGUCUACUACUGUGGCUCCAAACUGGCAAGCGCUUUGGCCCUAGUCUGUAACGGGAAAUACAACUCCCCCAGCAAAAAAUCAUUCGACGACUUGUUGGCCUACGACGAAUACAACGAAUUCUUCCCCAGCGAGACCGACGAAGACACCCAGUUCGACUUUCCUUUCCUCCAGAAGGGGGCUGCCAACUCGCUCCUACCAAUGAGAUUCCGCAAGAGCAAGGGCAUCGUCGACGAGUGUUGUCGGAAACCAUGCACUCUCAAACAUUUGGAAUUAUACUGUGCGUAAUAAUUAAAAAAAUACCAUUUAUCAGUGUAGUAGCAUUAAAAAAACCACA